UUAAACGGGAGACGGCGCGAUGCCCCGCACUCGGUGCGCCCUCCGCGGAUCGGGCGACCUAGUGUGCAGCAAGAGCGGUGCUCUCUGUCCCGCUGACCCCGCGCCGAGCCCGGGCGGCUCGUGCCGCGGCCGCACACCGCGCCACGCGUCGAGAGCGCAGGCCCCGAAGGCCCGCAGCACUGACAGCAUGAGCCGUACGGCCUACACUGUGGGAGCUCUGCUUCUCCUCUUGGGGACCCUGCUGCCGGCUGCUGAAGGGAAAAAGAAGGGGUCCCAAGGGGCCAUCCCCCCGCCAGACAAGGCCCAGCACAAUGACUCGGAGCAGACUCAGUCUCCCCAGCAGCCUGGCUCCAGGAACCGGGGGCGGGGCCAGGGGCGGGGCACUACCGUGCCCGGGGAGGAAGUGCUGGAGUCCAGCCAGGAGGCCCUGCAUGUGACCGAGCGCAAAUACCUGAAGCGAGACUGGUGCAAAACCCAGCCGCUGAAGCAGACCAUCCACGAGGAGGGCUGCAACAGCCGCACCAUCAUCAACCGUUUCUGCUACGGCCAGUGCAACUCCUUCUAUAUCCCCAGGCACAUCCGGAAGGAGGAGGGCUCUUUUCAGUCUUGUUCCUUCUGCAAGCCCAAGAAGUUCACCACCAUGAUGGUCACGCUCAACUGCCCCGAACUACAGCCGCCCACCAAGAAGAAGAGGGUCACUCGUGUCAAGCAGUGUCGUUGCAUAUCCAUCGAUUUGGAUUAAGCCGGGCCUACCCAGCCUGUCCUUGGGGUGCAAGCCCCCAGGCGGGCCCAGAGCCAGACCUAAAUCAACCUGAUUCUUACUUGGCUUAAAUCUAGAGGCAAGAAGAACCACCAGCUGCCUUCUGCCAGGAGCCUGCUAGUGCGUAGUUUGUGUGCAUGAGUGUGCAUGGGUCCCUGUGGGUGUUUGCAGACACCAGAGGAAACACAGUCUCUGCUAGAGGGUACUUCCUAUUAUGUAAACGUAUCUGCUUCCAUGCGGGAUGGUACAGAAAGCCCACACCACCUGAGGCACAUUUGGAGGGGCAGGGUUCUGCCUUGGUCUUCCAUGUGCCCUCCUGGGGACCAGAACCUCCCUUCAGAAUGAAUGUUAGCGGAAGAGGCUACUCUGAGGGCAAGAGACCUGUUUUAGUGCUGCCUUGGCCUUAGGAUAUUUCAACCUGUGCUUGCUUUCCCCCUUCCUCUUCCCUGUCACAGUCCAUCCCUUCUUAGGAUCUCAGUGACUAUUUCCGUCUAAUCCCCUACCUGCCAGAGGCUCUAAAGUAACUCACUUGACCACAGAUGCAAAUGUUUCCUAUUUGGGGAAGACCUUUCAGACUCUGGGGGAGGCUGGUAGGGCAGGAAGGUUAGAAGAUUGAGAGAAGGGAGAGAUCGCAGGUGAGGACCAGUUGGCCCAGCAAAAUUCAGGAGGGAGGUGUGCAGAGCCUGGAAAGGCCAACCCCCAAACACAGUGAGACCCAUGCUUUAGCAAGCUUUUUCCUGGUAUUUAAAGAACCCAAGGAAACAGAGGAGAAAUGAAAUUGCCCCCCCAAAAUCAUUAAUUUUGUGAGUCACUGUGACUGUGGAAAUUAGCUGUAACCCAAUACCAAACUUAAAACAUAAAUAUUGACCGCUCCUAUUUUCAGAACCAAGUGAGUGGCGAAACCAAAACAUCCCCUCCUGCUUGGCCCCUCAGAUGGACAAAAGAUGUAGUUCAGAAACCGCCCCCCCCCCCCACAGGAAUAGGAAAAAGACAAAAACCUUAUAAGCAGAAGGUCUUAUUAUCUUUCCUUUAGGCUGGGGUAUAAUCACCUCUUUCCCAGUUCCUUAUUCCUGUGUCAUGUUUCUGAGAGCCACAACCCUGUAUUGUAAAGAUUCUGCCUCUGCCGAAUGUACCUGACAGUGAAGGACCAGGCUAAGAUAAGAGAGUUUAGGCCUGCUCCUUUCUAGAAAGAAGUAUAUUUGGGGUCUUUUUGUUUUAGCCAUCUAUAAGAGAUUGAGCUGGAGAGCAGAGGAGAGUAAGGAAAGGAAGGAGAUUGCCUCUGGCUAAGGAGUAGUCAAAAGUCAGGGAGGACACGUAAGGGAUACACCAGCCCUUCUUCCUUUGCCCUUGAAGGGUCUAAUGGGAACCCCCAGUUAAGAAAUGAGAGUAUUUGUGUGCAUUAGCUGUCCUACAGCUGGUAGGAUUUAUGUAAUAUUGUAACCAUUUGGAAACUACUGUUCCCUGAUUAAACUUAGGUUAUUUGCAAUGCAUAUUUAGUAUUUAUCUGAUGGCCAAAGCACAGGGUGGGUGAACCUUCCUGCAUUUGGGAUUUGGACAACUUGCUCUCUUCAAGCCUGAGGUUUUAUAUGUAAACCCCCCCACCCCCGAUACGAUUCUUGCCUUGCAUCCUCUCAGUCUCACCAGCCAAGUCAUGUGUAACAUGGGAAACAAACACCAUAGACUUGUGUUUCAGUUGCCCAUGAAGGCUCCAGCAUUCAAAGGACCAAUGCAACUAAAGAGGCUGUUUUUAUUUUAUUUUUGUUUUGGUCCAGUGCUUUCCCUACUAACAAAUAAAUAGGAACCAUACUUUGAGGCAGAAGUCAUCUUGAACACCCGAAAUAUUGGGUCUAAUUUUAAAACUUUGAAAUUCACUACUGAUGAUUCUACACUAGGCGAAUUUGUGCAAACACAUCGUCUGUGCAUGUCACAUACACCGUAUGCCCCUGCCCUAAACCCUUGUAUCGUCCACGUCCUCCCAACAAUAAAACGCAGAAUGGAUUUAAUUAAGCAUGCAAAUGCUAAGCUAGAAUUUUGAGGGUGGGGGAGAGGAAAAGAAAGGGGAAGGAGCUGAAAAUAUAAAACCACACUAGAGAGGAAGAAGGACGCUCAGAACCAGCAGACACCGAAUCUCUCUUGUUCUGACUCUGCCACGAGCAUGCAGUUUUGUUAAAAAGAGAUGACUUCAGCUGGCAGCAGGAAUCUUCUUUUAGUAGCUUGUACCACAGUCUUUUUUUACUUUUUUUUUUUUUUUUUGCGGUACGCGGGCCUCUCACUGUUGCGGCCUCUCCCGUUGCGGAGCACAGGCUCCGCACGCGCAGGCUCAGCGGCCAUGGCUCACGGGCCCAGCCGCUUCGCGGCAUGUGGGAUCCUCCCGGACCGGGGCACGAACCCGCGUCCCCUGCAUCAGCAGGCGGACUCUCAGCCACUGCGCCACCAGGGAAGCCCUGUACCACAGUCUUGCAUGUAAGUUGGAUUUGGCUUAAGUAAAGAGAAUUUCCUCAAAAUGAGCUUCACUGGGGUAAUCAGCAGCAUAACUGCCCUAAAAGCACAGCACUAGCCAAAGAGGGAAAUGUCUGCUUUUCUUACUGCGUCUACAUUAAGACUAGCCCAAGUCCCGCGUGUCUUCCAACAUUUAUUGAAAGUGCCGUAUCUGUCACAUAUUGUAUUGGAGUCACCGAUGAUGUAAUGAUAUGUUUUUUUCAUUACUAUAGUAGAAUUUUUUAUGGCAAGAUAUUUGUGAUCUAGAUCUUUCCUAUUAAAAUAAUGCCAAACACCAAAUAUGAAUUUUAUGAUGUACACUUUGUGCUUGGCAUUAAAAGAGAAAAACACAUCCUGCAAGUCUGUAAGUUGUUUUUUGUUAUUGUAGUUCUGCAAAGUUAAAAAUGUAAGUGAAAAAUCUGGAGGAAAGGAUAAUUUCCACUGUGUGGAAUGUGAAUAGUUAAUCAAAAAGUUAUGGUUAUUUAAUGUAAUUAUUAACUCAAAUCCUUUGGUCACUGUGAUUUCAAGCAUGUUUUUUUUCUCCUUUAUAUGACUUCCUCUGAGUUGAGCAAAAGAAGAGGCUGGCGCGUUGUAUAUUGUUGGAGGCUUUUAUCAGAGGGAAACAAAAUCUUGACACAUCUGAACGUGUGUUACAGAGUCAAGACCUGAGCUUUUAUUUUUUUAAUUGAAUGUUCCUUAAAGGUUAACAUUUCUGAGGCAAUUUAAGAAAGAUCUUAAAUGUUAUUUUGGAAGAAUUAAAAUGUGUGUGUACAAACAAAUAGCAGAUAAUAAUGAACAGUUCACAAGUUCCUUUAAGGAGAAAAUCUGAAAUAAAAAAUGUAUGUACAGAACAUUUAUAAAUGACCAGUUAAUGCUGAAGAGUGAAAGUAGUUCUACUGAUUUGUCAUUCUCAAUAUAUUUAAUAUCAACUGCAUUAUGUAUUAUGUCUGCUUUAAUCAUUUAAAACAACAAAUUUAUGAAGACUAUGACUGGGGUCCUCUGCUGUCUCUGAGGAUGAGAGGGGAUUUGAUAGUCUCAUAAAAGCUAAUUGGGUUGAAAGCAACGUUUUAUGAAUCUGUAACUAGAAUUUAAUUCCACCCCAAUAAUGUUCUAUAUAACCUUUCCCAAAGAGCAAUCAAUAAAUCGAACCUCUUCUCUG